CAAAACAUACUUAAUGUAUCUUGAAACCUCAAAAAAACCUCAGCUUCAGGAUAGAAUCAAAAACAUUUGACAACAAAAUAAGCGUCCUGUAACCAGCAGUAUACCUAAUUCAUGUAGGUAGACUGAAAUCCUUCCAUUUUUAUGGUUACGUAUAAAUUGAAUAUAAAGUUAGUGUGAAGUCCAGUACAGUGAUCCAACAUGCAAUCUACAGUUUUUCCAGAAUCCGAAAAAAUUAUUUAUGAAUAUGUUAAGUUUGAGAACGUACUUAUUAAUUAUGAUAUGUCGAAAGACUUCGAAGUGGAGUUCUCUUUAGACAAUGAGGUCAAAGGGUCAAGCAGAGAUUGGAUUGGUAUUUUUCAAGCUGGUUGGAAUUCUUAUGAAUCAUUUCUAGCCCAUGAAUCAGCUCUAGGCAUGCCAUGUGAUGAAUCUGGAAGAAGAAGAAAAGUAAAAUUUAAUUCAAAAUAUCUUCAAGAUGCCAAUGCUGGACUUCCUUACCAGUUUGUUUAUGUCAAUAAGUAUUUAGAAAUUUUGGGAGUCAGCCAGUACUUUCAGUUUACUGUGAACAACCCAAAUGGAUUCAAGCUUCCAAAUGAUACUGUAUGUGAAGGUUCAUUUAUGCCAAAUGUUGGAAGCUCACCACUUAAAGAUCAAAAUGUUAAGAACCAUGGGAAUGAUGAUCUUACAGUUGUCGAAGAUGACAUAAUGAGGGAUUCGUCUACCAGCCCUCCCCAUGGCCAUUUCCAUACCAAUUGUAAACUUUAUUCUAUUUCAAAGUGGAAAAAUUCUUGUACAUCAUGUUACCAAUGUAAAAGUAUUUUCCAGUUAAAAGAAUCACAUGAUGAUUUACUUGAAAAGAUUAAGCUUUAUCAAGAUCACAACUUUUCUUUACGAAACAGAGUAGAUCGACUUGAAAAAUUACUGGAUUGGCAAGAUAAUGAAAAGGAAUUGAAUACAUGCAUGUUUCAUUUAUCUGAAGUAGUGGAUAAUGCCAUAAGAUCUUCUGUCUACGGCCACAGAGAUAAUAAAGGAGUUACUCACAGUUAUUUUGAUUGGGAUUUGUCAAGCAAAGAACUUUUACUCAAAGCCAUAAUUGGACAACAAGAAGUUACUAUUAGAGAUUUAAAUAAAGUUAUUUGUGAGUUGGGCUACAUAGACAAACCAAGGUUGAGCUACUAUCCAUCAACUUCAUUACAAGAUAUUGUAAAAACAAUGAAAGCUGAAGAAAGAGUAGUUGCAGAAGUUUUUGAAAUCAAUAAUAAUACUUCUGAAGAGGAAUUGUGAAGACUGCAAGUUUCACCUUCAAAUUUUAAAAACUUACUACAUCGAGGAUUUUCCUUUUUAAAAAAUCAUCAAAGAUACAAGACAGAGUUCUGUAUAUUUAUAUAAUUAUUAUUUUUUACAAGUAAUUGUUAGAAUUUUAAUGUUGUAUGUAAUAGAAUAAUAAAUGUCGUUAUUUAUUUAA